AUCUUCCUCAAGUAGCCUUGUCGUUGGUAUAUUGGAGUACGCGCCUGUAGCAGAUAUGAAUCGUGCAAGGAGACCUGGAAGGGCAGUCAAAGCGUGCACAAAUUGUAGGCAACAAAAGCUGCGAUGUGAUGCAAGCGAGAAUUUAACGCAGUCAUGCUCCCGGUGUAGAAAAAUGCAUCUGGAAUGCAUUGUCUUGUCGUCGUUCAAAAGAGUGAAAAAGAAAACAAAAGCUGAACUGCAACGAGAAGUGGAUCUCUUGCGACAACAGAUGGCAAUGGGAUCUCACAUAGAGCCAGUAAUUGAAGACCCUCAAAUGCAGACAAGUGUAGAAGAGACGGUCCCCACCUCCGUUUCUCUUCUUUCGGGCUCGCUGCCUCCUGUGACUGAGAUUGUUGAAAGAAGCCCCAGUCAGAGCACUUCUGGCCAGAGUGAACGAUAUGGCCAUAAUAUGAUCGGCUCAACACUGGAUGGGAGUACAUGCGACUUCCAACUGGAUGAUCUUAGUGACACCGGCUCUACAACGACCCCUCAGGCACUAAAUUCCUAUGAAGUAGACGCUCAAAAGAUUGACGAUUGUUUCGCUCUAUAUUUCACCAAAUAUGCACCUUUAUUGCCAAUUCUAGACCCCCGGCUAUCGCCGAACAUGUACUUCUCUCGGUCACCACUACUCUUUUGGACUAUCGUCGCUAUAGGGUCACGUCGGUAUGAGAAGGAUCCCACUUUAUUAACUAGACUAGCUCCGUCAAUUCAGAACAUAGCCUUGCUCUCCCUCUCAAUGCGCGAGACAGUUAUUGAACUGAUUCAAAGUCUAUUGCUACUAUCCAUUUGGCCAUUCCCCUUUAACUCAGCCAACAAAGCCAUGGUUCACAUAUUCAGUGGCGCAGCUGUAAAUCUAGCGCAACAGAUUGGUUUACAUGUCUGCGGGGUCGGGCAGGAUUUCGCUCGUGUGAAGCUGAUUCCAAAUGAGGCCGAAAAAGCAUACCGGGCCCAGCUAUGGGAGUACUGUUUAAUGAUCAACCAGAGUUCGAGUUAUGCGGACGGCUUCAUUCCAAGCGUCCUUCCUAUUGUAGAGAACAACGGAUCCCAUCAGACUGACCAGCUCCUCUCGCCCGAACUAAAGUAUUGCAAGCAAAUACAUCAGGUAGCCCUGAAUGCCACCCAUUUGAUACAAAGGGCAGGUAUUACACAGCCAAAUAAUUGUAACUCUGGACAUUUGCAUUCGUUAAUCGAGCUAUCCGACCGCGAGUUAUCCCGUCUAUCUCCUCUCACCAGCCCCAAUAAUAUGGGAAACAUCUAUUAUUCUUGCGCACGGCUACACGUCCGAGCAUUUUGCUUCUUUUGCGACCAGGGCCCCGAGAACUUCACACCAAUCCUUAGUGUCUACGCGGCCGCAUUGGAAACAAUCAACGCAGUCACCGCAGCGGAUAAUCUUGCCACUAUCUGCACAUUUUAUGUUCAUCGUAUGCUCAUGUUAGCGGCACUUAGUAUCCUCAGGAUCUUGCGCAGUGAUCUAUAUCGAUCGGUCGUUGAUGCGAAAGCAGGCGAGAAUGCGUAUUUCAAUACGAUUAGGUUCCUCCGGCAAAUGUCGAUUGCGCACGAUGAUUUAAGCGCGCGAGGGGCAGAUAUUCUUGCACAAUUGUGGGCUAGUGAUGCAAUUUUUAGACGGUCAGAUGGAACGCGGGAUAGUUUGCUGUUACGGAUUCGAAGCCGUUUAACAAUGAGUGCGGUUUAUGACUGUUACUGGUGGUGGCGCGAGGAAUUUGCGGGCCUUUCAAGCCCAUUUAAUGAGAACUAUGACAAGGAUUUAGAACAUUCUGGCCAAGACCUCUCCUUCUUUGGAACGACAUUCGAUGACUUCGCUGAAUUCAGCUUGUCACCCGCUUUCGAUAGCAGGUUAUUAGAUAGAUCCAUUGCAGGAGCUACAUUUUUAGCGCCAACCCCUGUGUCGUAGGUUUGCUACUUAUUACAAUGUACGAUACCCGGUAGAUUGCCUGGAGUAUAUCAAUAUUAAUUUCCAAC